AUGGCGCACGACCCCGAGAAAGCCGGCGUGGAGUAUAUCCCGGAGGUCGAGCUCACCAAGACGGCCACCGAGGCCACCAAUGCCUGGGAGUCGGAGUACACGCCCGAGGAACAAAAGCGCAUCAUCCGACGUAUCGACCGCCGGCUCGUCACUACCGUAGGAGUCAUGUACUGCGUAUCGUUGAUGGACAGAACUAAUCUUUCGGCCGCCAACAUUGCCGGCAUGGUUACAGAGCUCAAGCUUAUUGAUAACCGGUACUCCAUCGUCACCCUCGUCUUCUUCGUGACGUACAUUGUCUUCCAGCCCCCUUCAACAGUCAUCAUACGCAAGGUCGGACCCCGUAUCCACUUGUCGAUCAUCACACUGCUAUGGGGAGCCGUGAUGAUAGGUUUUGGUUUCGUGAAGAACUAUUCGGAACUGGCUGCGUUACGUUGCGUUCUGGGUGUCCUCGAAGCAGGAUUCUUUCCCAGCGUUGUCUAUCUUCUCUCUACCUGGUACACGAGAUAUGAGGUGGGCAAGAGAUAUUCGUUUUUCUACGUCAUUGGCUGUGUCGCCUCUGCAUUCGCUGGUAUCCUAGCAUACGGCCUUAUGCAGAUGAGCGGAUUAGGAGGCUUGACGGGCUGGCGAUGGAUUUUCAUCAUGGAAGGCAUUAUCACUUGCGUGAUUGCAAUUGCCAGUUAUUGGCUUUUGGUCGAUUUCCCAGAUGGCAAACGGGCGAACAGGGGCUUUCUUAAUGAGAGAGAACGAGCCUGGGUCGUUAAGCGGAUCAACGCCGACCGCGGCGAUGCGAAAACGCCCAAGUUCGAGAUCGGAAAGUUCGUCAAGGCUGGCCUUGACUGGAAAAUCUGGGCUUAUGCAAUGAUCUUCUUCAACACUACUACCGUCACCUAUGCGUUGGCUUACUUCCUUCCGAUUAUCCUCCACACGAACUUGGGCUUCUCCAUCGGGGCUUCGCAGUGCCUCAUCGCCCCACCUUACGCGUUUGCAGGCAUAAUCAUGUUCGCCUCGGGGUGGGCGGGCGACAAGUACCACCUACGAGGACCCAUCAUCAUCUUCAAUAUGCUGCUGUGUCUGAUCGGUACACCGAUCAUGGGCUGGCACCCGAACCCGUCGGUCCGAUACUUUGGUGUCUUCCUCGUCACCGCUGGUGCCAACUCGAAUGUACCCGCAGCUUUGUCGUACCAAGCGAACAACAUCAGGGGCCAAUGGAAGCGUGCCUUCUGCAGCGCGACAUUUGUCGGCUUUGGAGGUAUUGGCGGUAUCGCUGGUAGCUUGGUGUUCAGAGCUGAAGAUGCCGCGACUGGAUACAAGCCGGGUCUAUAUGCAGCUAUUGCGUGCGCUUUGCUUAACAUCAUCCUGGUCCUGCUUGUAGACACGAAGUUCUUCUUCGACAACCGUGCCGCAGACAGGGGUGAGAAGGAACUGGAACACGACGAAGACAUACGCGAGCGAGGCUUCCGGUAUACCUAUUAG